AUGCCCGCCAUCUCCGACGCCGCGAGCACGUCGACGCGCCCACUACGCUCCGCCGACUCCGUAUCGCGCGGCGGCUCGACGACGAACCGGUCACGCUCCUCGAGCCCAUCGAAACUGUCGCCGCAAAACUAUCGCGCGCAGGUGCUGGAUCGGGUCGGAAUUCGCAUCGACGUCGAGGUGCCGGAUGAGGGGCUGGAGCAGUUGCUGCCACCACAAGGCGAUGCGGAAGUGCGCACGGUCGGGCAGGAGCUCUACGCGGGAGCUCGGGCGCUGUUGGAGCGCCAGACGGCCAACGAGGUCGAAUGGGCCGGCUUGCUCAACACGGCCAUUCACAGCUUGAUGCAGGAGCAGCCGGACCAGCUGAUCUGCCUGCCGAACAGAGACUGGCAAUCCUGCCUCAAGCCCGUCGCCCUCACGCACAAGCUCACGUCCGGCCUCCCGCAAAAACGCCACCCUUCCGACUACCCCUCGCCCGACCAGAGCCAGUCGACGACGGCCGCCGCCGCGCCCUUUGCCAACCAGCCGCACCUCCCGCCGCCGCAGCAGCGCCUGAAGCUGGAGCCGGCGCCCGCGCGCCUGCAGCCCAAGACGCCGCGCCCGGACCUGACCAUCGGGCUCAAUGACAGCGACGCGAGCUGGGACGCCGACGGGGAGGUAUGGGCGCGCGCCGGCCUCCGCGGCCGCGAUGUCAAGGGCAUACUGGCCGACCUACAAGCGACGGGCACCGGCGGCGAGGACGCCGCAGCGGCACCGCUGAUCACAGACCCGUGCACCGCGUCGCCCAGCGGGCUGCGCUUCCCGUUCCUGGUCGUCGAGGCCAAGUCGGGCGGCAGCGCCAGCAUCGCCGACGCCGAGAAUCAGGCUGCUGUGGCGGGGACGUGCGCGCUUAAGAUCUUGCGGAGCGUGGCGGGCGAGCAGCAGCAGCAGCAGGACGCAGCUGCGGACGCGGACGCGCCGUUUAAGAUGCGCAUGUUUUCGCUGACGACGGAGGGGCCGACGCACGUGCUGUGGGCGCACUACCGCAGCGACAGCAGCGAAUGGGCCAUGGUCUGGCUGGGCGCGUACCGCGUCACGAACCGGCGGUCGGCGGGCGAGCUGGUGGCCAUUGUGGCGCGGAUAUUGCGCUGGGGCGCGCGGGAGUUUAGGGAUUGGGUCAGGGCGAGCGUCGUCCGGUAUUUGGGGCGGAUUUCUGCUGGCGAUUGA